CUGACUGUGGCGGUGGCGGCGGCGGCGGCGGCGGCCUCGCGGUGACAACCGUCCGCGUCGCAGGCUCCGGCGGGUAUUUCUCGGGUCGGUGAGGCGCGGGGCCCGCGGCGGGAUCAUGGCGACCACUGUCAGCACGCAGCGUGGGCCGGUGUACAUCGGGGAGCUCCCGCAGGACUUCCUCCGCAUCACGCCCACGCAGCAGCAGCAGCAGAUCCAGCUGGACGCCCAGGCCGCGCAGCAGCUGCAGUACGGAGGGGCGGUGGGCACCGUGGGCCGCCUCAGCGUCACCGUGGUGCAGGCAAAGCUGGCGAAGAAUUACGGCAUGACCCGCAUGGACCCGUACUGCCGGCUGCGCCUGGGCUAUGCCGUGUACGAGACACCCACGGCGCACAACGGUGCCAAGAACCCGCGCUGGAACAAGGUCAUCCAGUGCACGGUGCCCCCGGGGGUGGACUCUUUCUACCUGGAGAUCUUCGAUGAGCGAGCCUUCUCCAUGGACGACCGCAUCGCCUGGACGCACAUCACCAUCCCUGAGUCCCUGAAGCAGGGCAAGGUGGAGGACGAGUGGUACAGCCUGAGCGGGCGGCAGGGCGACGACAAGGAGGGCAUGAUCAACCUGGUCAUGUCCUACACGGCUCUGCCAGCUGCCAUGGUGAUGCCGCCUCAGCCCGUGGUCCUGAUGCCGACCGUGUACCAGCAGGGCGUCGGCUACGUGCCCAUUGCAGGGAUGCCCGCCGUCUGCGGCCCCGGCAUGGUGCCCGUGGCUGUGCCGCCGCCAGCCGUGCGUGCUCAGCCCCGCUGUAGCGAGGAGGACCUGAAGGCCAUCCAGGACAUGUUCCCCAGCAUGGACAAGGAGGUGAUCCGCUCCGUGCUCGAGGCCCAGCACGGCAGCAAGGACGCGGCCGUCAACUCCCUGCUGCAGAUGGGCGAGGAGUCUUAGGGCCGCCCGCCCGCACCGCCUCGCCUCGCCUCGCCACCGCCUGCCCACGGUUCCCCAGGUCGUUGUCCCAACAGGAGUCCCAGCACAGAGCCCCUGUGUGGCCCCUUCUUCGGCCAUGUGCCGCCCACCCGCACCUGUUCUUGGACACGGGUGGGUGCUCGCUCCCGCAGCCAUUCCAGCUGGCCCGUCCGCGAGGGUGGGGCAGCCCCCUCUGCCGUGGGUUGGGAGACUGCGAGCCGAGGCCUUGCCAUUCUGCUGCCGCCUGGGCGUGCAUCCCCCCCCACCCCCCCCAGCUGUUCUGGCGACCGUCCUGUGGGAAGCGGCCGUCUCGCCAGGCGUUGGAGCUGUGUGCCCGCUGGCUCCUCGUGUGUCUGUUGGGACACCUGGUGGGCUGAGGCACAUGCAGUCCGUUCACACCAACUUAGGGGUUAUUUCUGAACUUGCGUCCCUCCCUUGAUGUUCUGUCGUGAACCUGGCCAGCUGAGUGUUGGUUUCCUGUGGGCAGCCGGCAGGCCUCGCCUCUCGCCUGGCUCACCUGGUCACCACCUGGGCGGGCCCCGGGGAGGUGCCAACAGGAAGCAGAAUGAGUCCUGGCUCCGCCCUGGCACUGGCCAGGGGCCCCCUGGGGUGAUGUCCUGGGCCUCUGCCGCCCCUGUGGACCCACCCUGGGUGCAGCGUGGGGCCUGCGCCGGCUGGCUUGCUGCCGGCUCCCGCUGUGCAGCUGCGAUUUGAGUGUUAGAAGUGGCGGCUGGUGGAUGUUCACGUGUGGGCCCCCCUCGGGCUGGCGCAUGCGGGGCAGUCAGAUGGCUGGGGUGAGAAGCCAUGCACGUUACGCCACUGUGCGUCUCUGCCCUGCAUGCCGACCUGCAGCUGCUCGGGGUCCCCGCCUGUGGACACAAGCUCCUGCCGUGAACCCAGCGGUCAGGGCGUCUGGGAAGAUGCGGAGAGCAGUCAGUGCCCAAGUGUCGGUCUUUCCCCUCCCCGAAAUGCAGGCUUAACGUCCUUAGAAAGUACUGCUUUCUGCACCUGCGGGUGCUGCGUCAGAUGCGUUGUUCAUAAAUAUUUAUUUUUGUAAGGCGAUGGGUGAAGGAGGGUGGGAGUGGGGUGAUGGCCUGAGUGCUCCUUGUCAGCCGUGGGUCCCAGAGGUUUUCAGUCUGGGGGUGGAGGAGGGCCGGUCCGGACCACUCCCCCCAGGCUGCUGCUGGGUCCCGUGCCGGCGGCCCCCGCGCCUGGCUCCUGCCUUCGCGGCAGCUCCGUGUCUGCAAAGGGGAGGGCAUUCAUUUAAGGUGAUUCCAGGCUCUCCACUGGCAUUUGCCUUGUUCCAUGAAAACUUUAUUUUUCUAGCAGAGUAAAGAAAGACCUCGUUUUCUGGGGCUUUCGGCUUCACAGGCUCGUUGCCCCUGGCACCCGCUCUAUCCGGUUCAGGGCUUGUGUGAAGCGGCCUGCGCAUCCACGGGAGUGAGAGCCCCCGAGCCCCAGUGCCCUCCACACUCCUGUCUGGGUGGGUGCAAGGUGGCUGCCACCAUCUGCGAGGGUGUGGACAGGCUCCUUGGGCAGGCUGGGCGGCACAGCCGGACUACCCCACACAGCAGGGCCUGCCACCAUGAGCGAGGCAUCCUGUGUGCUUGGCUCCCUCCCGCACCGCCCCCCCUGCACGCAUCUCUUCCGCCCAGCGUUGGCUGGCCGAUUCCCAGAACUUGCCUUCUGACGAUUUUAUUGGGGUCCAGUGUCCAGAUUUUUCUUUGAUUGUAAAAUAUAUUUUUACUUUCCAGCCUUCUAAUUUAAUAAAUGCUCCAUAUAAAAACAGAAAUAAAGUCCUGUAAGGAAA